UGUCAGCACAGGCUACUUCUAGGAAAUGUUUUUGAAAAGCCCAUGGUGCUUCUUGCUUGCUUUCGUUUGCCUUAUUUGACUUUCUGGUGCGUAGAUUUUCAGGCUUCCUCUAUGGAAUGAUUUUGGAAAGCUCAUUUUGCUUCUCACUUGUUUGCUCUUUUUGAAGUAUUUGGAUAAUUCUCUUUGCUUGACUUUACGCCUUGUUUGUCUUCGCACCAUGCCUGUAGGAGAGGCUUUUCUCUCUGCUUUCCUGCAAGUGCUUUUUGACAGAUUGGCUUCUCGCGAGUUUGUAGAAUCAUUUCGAGGCAGAAAAUACGAUGACUUGCUGGAAAAGUUGAAGAUCACACUGCUGAGUGUUACCGCAUUGCUUAAUGAUGCUGAGGGGAAGCAGUUUUAUUAUCCUGCUGUGAGAAAAUGGCUGCACAUGGCUAAAGGUUCCCUUUAUGAUGCAGAGGAUAUAUUGGACAAUCUGGCUACUGAAGCUUUAACAUCCAAGCUAGAAUCUGAAUCGAAAACUGAGGCAAAUCAGGUAACCAAUUGGCGACUCAUUUCGCGCCCUCUUAGUCCUUUUAGUAGAGGCGUCGAUUUUGAAAUAAAUAAGAUAAUUGAGAAGCUGGAGCUUGUUUCUAAAUAUAAAGAUGUUCUAGGUUUGAAUGAUGAUGUUAAAGGGAGAUUAUCUGGAUUUAAACAAAGAUUACCCACAACUUCUUUGGUUGAUGAAUCUUGUGUAUAUGGUAGGGAUAAAGAUAAAAACAUGAUUAUCGAAUCGCUGUUAAUUGAUGACUCAGGCAGUCGUAAAGUUUGUGUAGUUCCUGUAGUUGGCAUGGGCGGCAUCGGUAAGACUACCCUUGCUCAACUUGUGUAUAAUGACAGCAGAGUGGAGAAGCAUUUUGAUUUGAGAAUUUGGGUUUGUGUUUCUGAUCAAUUCGAUGUAAUGAGGGUGACAAAAACAAUUCUCAGUUCUGUCACUUCAAAAUCUGUUGAUUUUGAUGACUUGAAUCUGCUGCAGGUUAGUUUGAGGGAGAAAUUGGCAGGAAAGAGAUUUUUGCUUGUUCUAGAUGAUGUUUGGAGUAGGAGAAAUAAUGAUUGGGAUCUCAUAUGGAAUCUAUUGAAAACAGGGGCAACAGGAAGUAAAAUUAUUGUAACUACUCGAGAUAGCAAUAUUGCAGCAAGUAUAGGCACAGUUCCAGCUCACCAGUUGGAACUUUUAUCAUUUGAAGAUUGUCGGUCUGUUUUCAUGGACCAUGCAUUUGAGAAUCAAAACUUUACUUCAAUGCCAGAUAUGGUGGCUAUUGGAAAUGAGAUUGCAAAAAAGUGUGAAGGUCUACCCCUGGCUGCAAAGAGACUGGGAGUUCUUCUGCGCUCUAGACAGAAAGGCGAAUGGCAUGAUGCAUCAAAUUGGAAAAUAUGGGAUCUACCGGAUGACGAAGGUGAUAUUCUUCAGACUAUUGGAUUAAGCUAUCAUCAUCUUCCUCCUCACUUGAAGCAGUGUUUCGCAUACUGUUCGAUAUUUCCGUCAGAUUAUGAAUUUGACAGGGAGUCACUGGUUCUUUUAUGGAUGGCAGAAGGCUUUCUGCAACAACCAACAGGCAAGAAAAAAUUGGAAGAAGUAGGCGUUGAAUAG